CUAGGGUGUGAGGGGCGGAAUCAGGUGUUAGUUCGCGUGACUGGCUGGAAAAAAUAGUCCUCCCCACCAAUGAGCAAGCCCGGCAGGAUGGAGGGCGAGGCCUGGCAGCUAUAGUGCUUCUGGGCAGUAGAGGCGCGGGGUCCUCAGCUAGGGCGGCCGAGAGCCAUGGCGGCGGUGGUGGCGGCGGCGGCAGUGCGAGCCCGGAUCCUGCAGGUUUCUUCCAAAGUGAAAUCCCCCUGGUAUUCAGCGUCUCCCUUCUCUUCUUCAGUGCCAACUGUAAAGCUCUUCAUUGAUGGGAAAUUUGUUGAAUCCAAAAGUGACAAAUGGAUCGAUAUCCACAACCCAGCCACCAAUGAGGUAAUUGGUCGGGUCCCUCAGGCCACCAAGGCAGAAAUGGAUGCAGCCAUUGUUUCCUGCAAACGUGCUUUUCCUGCAUGGGCAGACACUUCAAUAUUAAGCCGUCAGCAGGUCUUGCUCCGAUAUCAACAACUUAUUAAAGAAAACUUGAAAGAAAUUGCCAAGUUAAUCACAUUGGAACAAGGGAAGACCCUAGCUGAUGCUGAAGGAGAUGUAUUUCGAGGCCUUCAGGUGGUUGAGCAUGCCUGUAGUGUGACAUCCCUCAUGAUGGGAGAGACCAUGCCAUCCAUCACCAAAGACAUGGACCUUUAUUCCUACCGUCUGCCUCUGGGAGUGUGUGCAGGCAUUGCUCCAUUCAAUUUUCCCGCCAUGAUCCCCCUUUGGAUGUUUCCCAUGGCGAUGGUGUGUGGAAAUACCUUCCUAAUGAAACCAUCCGAGCGAGUCCCUGGAGCAACUAUGCUUCUUGCUAAGUUGCUCCAGGAUUCUGGUGCCCCUGAUGGAACAUUAAAUAUCAUCCAUGGACAACAUGAAGCUGUAAAUUUUAUUUGCGAUCAUCCGGACAUUAAAGCAAUCAGCUUUGUGGGAUCCAACCAGGCAGGAGAGUAUAUCUUCGAGAGAGGAUCAAGACAUGGCAAGAGGGUUCAAGCCAAUAUGGUGACUUCUUAUUCCUUUUUUUCUCCAAUAUUUGUUCUAUAUAUUAAAAUUACCUAAGAAUAGACCUUAAGC